AUGAAGAAUGGCGAGAAAGAAAAGGUUGCGAACCCAUUGUUUGAGAAGCGGCCCAAGCAGUUUGGUAUUGGAGGGGCACUGCCUCCAAAGAAAGAUCUUCACCGGCCCGAGGAUAAGGCAGCAAAGAAGGAGCGCCUUCUCAAAAGAGCUCAGGCUGAGGCUGAAGGAAAAGCACCUGAGUCCAAGAAGCCUGUUGUUGUGAAAUAUGGCCUGAACCAUGUCUCCUACCUUAUUGAGCAGAACAAGGCACAAUUAGUGGUCAUUGCACAUGAUGUUGACCCAAUAGAAUUGGUAGUGUGGCUUCCAGCCUUGUGCAGGAAAAUGGAGAUACCUUACUGCAUUGUGAAAGGAAAGUCACGCCUCGGAACUAUUGUGCACAAGAAGACUGCAGCAGUCUUAUGUUUGACCACUGUCAAGAAUGAGGAUAAGUUAGAGUUUAUCAAAAUCCUCGAGGCAAUCAAGGCAAACUUCAAUGACAAGUAUGAUGAGUACAGAAAGAAAUGGGGUGGUGGUAUUAUGGGUUCCAAAUCACAAGCUAGAACCAAAGCCAAGGAAAGACUUCUGGCAAAGGAAGCUGCACAGAGGAUGUCUUAA